UUUCCUUUUCUUGUGGGUGAUGGAGAGUUAACUAAUUCUUAUGGGUUUGCUUGAACCUGUUGAAGACCUGAUUUAUCCUACUACAUUAUGAUUAUAUGUUACAAUAUAAUAAAUAUACAUUCCUUUAGUACAUUGCAGUUGACAAAGAACAUUCCUAUCCAUUGUUUUAUGUAAUUCUCCUGACAACCCCUUCACGGUUGGUUUUAUCAUCUCCAUUUUACAGGUAAGGAAACUGAGGCCAGGCCCAGAAAGAACAAGGUGGGUUGGGGGUGGUGCCAGGACUUGGAUCCUGACAUCACGUCUCUCCCAGUGGACUCACAGCUGCUGGGUCCAUAGCAGUGCCCUUCCUAGACAGUCUGCUCUAAGCCCACCAUCCCUCAGUAGGUAUGCUCCCAAGAUGGGCCGGACACGUCUCCCCACUCUGCCUUGUUGUGGUCUUUGCACACUAAAGGAGCAGACAAUCCAUGCCAUUGUUGGUCCAGUACUCACUGAGGGCCUACGAUGUGCAGUUUCCUCACCUUCAGGUGCCCCACUCCGGGCGGGAGAUUGACACCAGGGAGUAGAAAGUAGGUGUUUUCAUAAAGGUUCAGACAACAUGCCUUGGGGCUGGGCAGGUCAGGAGAAGCUGAGCAAGAUCUGGGCUUUAGGUAGAAACUUGAAUGAAGCAGGGGUGCAGCGGUGGGAAAGCCAGGCUAUCUCGACCAGAAGUCGCCGAAUGAGGGUGGGGGGUGUGGGUUUAAAUGGCUUCGGGACCGAGCCGGGACUCUCCUGCUACAACUCUCCGAGGGCGCCGGGCCCAGAACCUGGAGCUGGUGGUUCAAAUCCGCGGGCCGGAAGCACAAACCGCUAGUGCAGCCUGCACAGCGCCAGCGCCGAGCCGCAGGGCUUGGGCACCACUCCUCUCUGGGUCCCCGUGUGCCCAUCUGCAGAACGUCCCCAGGAACUCGCAAGGCUCUCGCGUCUGGGCGACACAAGUCACCUCCGCCCGCAGCACGUGGGCGCGGCGGGCACAGCACACGCUCCAGCCCGGCCGGACAAGCGCGCUCCCGCCGUCGCCUCCCCGCUGGGGCGGGGCCACGACCGCCGCCCCUCUAUUUGCGGGCUGGCGGGGCCGCGCUCCCAGCUCCGCUCGCGGCAGAGGAGCCAUUCAGGUUUUCCCGAUAUCCAUCAACCAAGCCCUGGACGUCUGGUCUCAGCCUAGCUUUGCCAGCCUUGCUGUGUGAUCUUGGCACCCUGCCUGACCCACAGCCAUGGCCACAAUGGUGGCCCAAAAGCUCAGCCACCUCCUGCCCAGUUUGUGGCAGGUCCACCAGGAGCCUCAGCCAUCUGUGCAGCCAGAGCCUGUCUUCACUGUAGACCGAGCCGAGGUGCCACCCCUCUUCUGGAAGCCAUACAUCUAUGUGGGUUACCGGCCGCUGCAUCGGACCUGGCGCUUCUACUUCCGCACACUGUUCCAGCAGCACAACGAGGCGGUGAAUGUCUGGACCCACCUGCUGGCCGCCCUGGUGCUGCUGCUGCGGCUGGUCAUCUCUGUGGGGACCGUGGACUUCUGGGGAGACCCACAUGCCCUGCCCCUCUUCAUCAUUGUACUCGCCUCCUUCACCUACCUCUCCCUCAGUGCCUUGGCUCAUCUCCUGCAGGCCAAGUCUGAGUUCUGGCAUUACAGUUUCUUCUUCCUGGACUACGUGGGUGUGGCCGUGUACCAGUUUGCCAGUGCCCUGGCGCACUUCUACUACACCAUCGAGCCUGCUUGGCAUGCCCAGGUGCAGACCAUUUUCCUGCCCAUGGCUGCCUUUCUCGCCUGGCUUUCCUGCACUGGCUCCUGCUACAACAAAUACAUCCAGAGGCCUGGACUGCUGGGCCGCACUUGCCAGGAGGUGCCCUCGGCACUGGCGUAUGCACUGGACAUCAGCCCUGUGGUGCACCGCAUCCUUUUGUCCCCUGACCCUGUCACUGAUGACCCGGCACUUCUCUACCACAAGUGUCAGGUGGUCUUCUUCCUGCUGGCUGCUGUGUUCUUCUCAGCCUUCAUGCCAGAGCGCUGGUUUCCUGGCAGCUGCCAUGUCUUUGGGCAGGGCCACCAGCUCUUCCAUGUGUUCCUGGUGCUGUGCACACUGGCUCAGCUGGAGGCCGUGGCACUGGACUAUAAGGCUCGGCGGUCCAUCUAUGAGCCUCUGCAUACCCGCUGGCCCCACAAUUUUUCUGGCCUCUUCCUGCUCACUGUGGGCAGCAGCGUGCUCACUGCAUUUUUCCUGAGCCAGCUGGUACGAUGCAAACUCAAUCGGAAGACCCAGUGAAAGGGGUGGCAGCUGGUAGGGAGGGAGGUAUAAUGGGGACCCAGGGGUCCGGGCUUGGCUCCAGAUGGGAACAGGGCCUGGUAAAGUUGUUUGUAUCUGGCCUGUGGUGUCUCUCUGUGAACGUCUCAGCUGCAAGGGUGGCACUGGCCAGUCCUUGGAUUUGCGGAUUGGCUGGUAGCUGCUGGGGUCCACUCCUGGGCCUGCCCCAGCUCCCUGCCCUAAGAGAAAGAGAUAAAGAUGUGGCACGCCCCACUCUCACCCCUUACUACUGAUUUGCCUCCCACAGUUGCUUCUCGUUAGGGGAGAGGAUGGGGAGUCAGCUAGGGCCAGGACUUUGUUUUGGGGCUUCCAAAUGAUCUGGGGUGGCGGGGGGUGAAUCUGGAUUUUAGGCCAGAGUCAGAUUUGAGCUGAAAAGCAGAGGAGCAACCCCCAUCUAUCCAGAUUUCAUUGAUGGAUAGGGAAAGGGAAGGCUCCAAAUGAAUGCAAGAUCUCACCAUUAUUUGAACCUCAGCCUGGAGUUUGAGAACUCCAGAGAGCCCCCAAAGGUAGAAGAUUGUGCCAGGUGGAAAUGGAUCCCAUCCAGUGUCCUAUACCUUCUCAGUCACUGUCCUACGCAGUGAGCCCUGACCCACCUAGCACAAGCCUGUAUGUCCCACACAUCUUGUUCCCAGCUUCUCUCCUGUUCCCUUGUUCAUGAUUCAGUUAUCUAUUCAGUGUUUCCUGGGCCUCUGCUUAGAAGCAAGCCACUGCCUAGGCCCUGUGGAUUAAUGUGGAUGAUAAAGGCUUUAAUAUCAGAAUGAAUUGUCAGGCAAAGCAAUGAGGAGGGAGUAAUCAGUGCUGCCUGGGACCUUAGGUUGGGAAGGCUCUGGAUUGGGAAGGGCAAAUAGGAAUUUGCUGAUAGCCGAGAGGAAGGGCAUUCUAGGCACAGGGAAAAAGCUGUACAAAGGCCAAGAGGUAUGGAAGGAAGAGUUGAGUGGAGCUGGAGUUAGGGAUUGGGUGGUCUGGCCUCUGAUAUAUCCUGGAUGCAAUAAAGUGAC